CAACAAAUGACUCGUUUAUGUUUACUGGCAGAAAGUGGUCGCUUCGACUAAAGUCUCAGAAUACAGUGUAACUAGUGUUAAAUUUAUUGCACGAAAGCGGUGGCUUGUGGCUGCGUCAGCUGAUUAUUUCGUCCAUGUGUACAAGUAUGAAAAGAAACUCGAAGAGGUCACGAGUUUCCAUGCUCACUAUUAUCAUGACAGAACCAGCUGUUCAUUAGACGUCCAUUCAACCCAGCCGUAUCUGCUGUCAGGGGGUCGUUGGCAAAUAAAUCUUUGGGACUGGGACCAGCGCUGGAAUUGCAUGCAGACAUUUGAAGAACACUCGGGUUCUAUUAAUGACCUAAAAUUUAACCCAGAGGACACCAAAAGUUUUGCAAGUGCUGAUAGUGCUUAUACAGUAAAGGUUUGGAGUGUUGAUUCUCCCAAAUCCAAGUUUACUCUAUCUGGGCAUUUGGGAGGAUUCUUUUGCCUGGAUUUCUUCAAGCGUGAUGGUCAGCUGUAUUUGAUUAGUGGCUCCUCUGACAAGACUGCCAAGAUAUGGGACAUGCUGAAGGAGGAGUGCGUUCAUACACUCGAACAUGAGUCUGCAGUCAUUUCCGUCCUUUCACAUGCCAAUCUUUCGGUUCUAGUUACAGGUACAGACGAUGGUGCUGUUCAUGUGUGGAGCGCCACUGAUUUCAGGCUCAAGACAAUACUUCAGCUUGGGCCCGGAAGUGGUGUUGUUGGUUUUGCAUGUUUGAUGGGGUCAGGAAGGUUUGCAGUUGCUCAUGAGAGAGGAGUCUCAGUAAUACAAAUUCCUGAUGAAGAAGAACAAAGUGGAUGUAGCAAUGGCAGCAAUGAGAACUCAAUAUCAGUUACAGAUUAGGAAAUCCAAAGCCAGUCGGGGACUGCUAGUGAUUUUUAUUAAAAUGGUACAUAUACCUCAUCUACGCAGUUGACUAUGAAAUGUGUUAACACGGGCAUAAUGAAUUUCCAGAUCUGGAAAUUUCGACAAUUGAUUCAGAAAUGAGGAGUAUCGCUCGAAGCUCAACCAGCCAAUUCUCGCACAAAGAUGAAUUAUAUUUACACUUCAUCAUAAUAAAGAGUAGGAUGGUCUUUUUCAAUAAUACGUCUCCCGCUUCGAUCGCGAAACGUGGCCUGUGUAUGUACCGCACUGGGCCGACCCGUUUUACACUUUUCAUCUUCUGCAAAGAGAUAAAAAAUUGAGUGUCCGGCAAGAUUCAAAACCAGCACCUGUAUGCUUAGUACAACUCCAAUAACCAACUUGAAUACUUUCUUAUUGUGUCUACUGCCUAGUUACCUUC